GACACGACAAAACGUCAUUUAAACGUCAUUUUCAUUAAAUAAACAUAUCCUGGACAAUUUGUCUUGGUGAAAACCAAUUAUUUAAUAUUUCCAGUAGUGUUUUUGUUGUGAUACCUAGAAUUGAAAAUACCAAUGCCAAGAAUAGAACUAUUAAACUAACUAAUGAUACUAUUGAUCAACAGAAAAACAGGAAAAUCAAGACAUUUCAUCAUGAACAAGUAAUGCAGUCUGUAAAAAUGUCUGUCCUGUAAGGAACAAAACCAACAAAUUCAACAUUAACAUCAUCAGGAUAAUAAAAUAAAAAAUAAAACCAUUGAAAGACUGUGUACCUAUUAAAAAAAUUAUUAAAUAAAAAAUGGAUCGACAAUUGUCAAGAAGAAUGUCUGGUGCAAAUCCUUUUGCUGCAUUGUUCCACACUGCUAGUCAGGAUCACUUGGAACCACCAGAACCAUCUUUAAAUGAUCAGUUGGAGGAAAUAUUUAGUUUCACUUUGAAUGAAAGAGCUACACUUACCAAAGAGAUUCUAUUCUUAGAGGAUGUGUUCAAAGACCUCGACACAACAGUCCUGGACAUGGACAAUCUUGACCAAGCUCUUUUUGAACGUCUUUUUAUGUGUCAAAAAGACAACCUAACAAUAAUCCAACAACGUAGAUUGAGUUUCCGCAACCCACACGCCAUAGAAAUUGAACCCAUCAAGUACCUCUACAAGGCUUAUGUAAAGGUUCACGAGAACCAGUUCCUGAAGGCUGAAGAUCGGCUAGAAGUUCGCGAUAAAAUCAUUCAAAACGUCGCCACGUCGAUCAUCCAGCCGGAUAUCUACGUCGAUCAGGAUAUGGAGCAGCAGAUGAUCGACGUGCUGAAGGAGGGAGGGGCACAUUAUGACACUUUUUUCGUCGAGGCUGCCAGGAGGACUCUGGACGAGGAAAAUAACGAUGACAUAAUCUUAACCUCAUUCAUCGACCAAAUGAACCGCAAAAUGACCGAGGAACUCAACAAGUGCUCCCUGGUCAACCUAGACUACAACGUUUUCAAUUAUUUCAACGUUUUCACCUCGAACGACUACCUAGCCGAGAUCUUCAUGGAUUGUUGCGUUCCGAACAAGCUGCACGUAGGUUCUGAGUACGCCAACACCGCCAUCGGUGCUCUGUUCAAUUUGUCGGUACUGCCGAAGAGCCCGAACGGUUCUUACGACUUUUUUACCAAUCCCAUGGACCAGGUCAGUUAUCCGGGGAACUCCAGAACUGAGACGUUUUUGUGGUCCAGUUUGGAUAAGCUUAAUGAGCAUAUUCACAAUUUUUUGUUGGUACUUCUGAAGUGUAACAACGCUGUUAGGAAUAAGGUACUGAAUUGGCUGGGUGGGUGUUUGAAGUACAACGUUGACAGAGGCAAAUUGUGGAACUCACAGGCACCCCCUGAGUUGAAUCCUGCCAACUACACAACAGUUUCUGACGGAUUUAUGAUAAAUUUUUGCAGUAUUCUUCUAAGAUUGUGCAGGCCGUUCUGCUCAAACUUUAAGGAAAAGAAAAUUCUUAAAGUCGAUCCUACAUAUCCAGCAGUACCAAAUAACAAGGCAGACUCCAAAGGAGUUCACAUGUACGAUUUAUCCUCGGAGACCUGUUUUAUACCGGUGGAAAGUUCAGAAGACUUGGAAGAACUUCGGGAGACUGCCGAGAAAUAUAACUUUAUCACAGAGAGCUUUUUCAUGGCUCACAAGGCUUUGGAUUUGGGAUAUAGGGUGGCCGUGGAUCGUAUGAUGAAAAUGAGCCACGAAAUGGGUCGUCUGGAGAGGGCGUACAGAGAUGCUGUGCAGCAAUCAGGUCAUGGAUCUGAUGUGGCAACAUCUAUGCAUGACAGACUCAUCUCUCAGUUAACAAAGUUUUUCUCGCUCAAGUGCGUGCUUUCUGAGCCUAAACUUCUGAAAGACUUGUUCGAUUUCGCGUCAUCGACCUCCUACUGGGCGGUGCAAGUGGCCAUCAAGACCAACUUCAAUUCUGCAGAUAAAUCCAGCUUCGCACCUUUAGAAGAAGUUCCUGUUACUUUCCCACUACCUGAUAAAAUUCCAAACACUCUCAAGUGCGUUCCUGAAUUUUUGACUGAAAAUAUAGUCUCCUAUCUUGUUUUCUUGAAACGUUUCAAUCCCCGAACCUUUGAGGAGGUGGGUUACGAAAAAAUGGAACCUUUGCUCACUUUUGUCUUGGUUUUUAUGGGAUCCAGACAACACCUGAAGAAUCCCCAUAUCAGAGCUAGGCUAGCUGAAGGAUUGGAGUCUUUGUUGCCAUAUGAUAAAGAGGAACCAAUACAUGACCUGGGAGGCUACCAGAGGGAGUUAAUUUUCAUUCAGCAUCCUCACAAAUUGGAGAUUGUCAAAAAUCUAAUGAGCGUAUUCGUUGGGAUUGAAAUGACUGGCCAGAGUGUGGAAUUUGAACAAAAAUUCAAGUACAGAAGACCGAUGUACACGAUUUUUGAGUAUUUGUGGGAAAUCUCAGAACACAGCGAAUGUUUCAAGAUUCUAGCUGAGGAAGCUGAAGCCAACAUGGAAGCUGUUAAUCCUCCGUUGUUCCUCAGGUUUGCCAACCUUUUAAUUAAUGAUGCCAUAUUUCUUCUAGAUGAAGCGUUGGCAAAUAUGGCAAAGUUGAAAGAGAUGCAGACAGCACACGAAAAUGGCGAAUGGGAGUCAUUGAGCCCACCAGAAAGGGCUCAAAACAUGAGCUACAUGCAUCACAUCGGCAAUUUGGCCCGUUUCGACAAUAUUUUGGGUAAGGACACCACCACGACCUUGGAGAAACUCACAUCGAAAAUAACCAUCGUGUUCACGCAUCAGACGAUGGUGGACAGGAUCGCCGCCAUGUUGAAUUACUUCUUGCUGAAUCUGGUCGGUCCAAACAAGAAGAAUUUUAAGGUUAAGGAUUCUAAAGAGUAUAGUUUCGAUCCAGCCGGCACCGUGCUUGACAUUUGUAAAAUCUACGUCAAUCUCAAGGACAGCGACGCGUUUUGCCUGGCAGUCUCACAAGAUGGCCGUUCCUAUAGUCCCAAUCUUUUCUCAUUGGCCGAAGAUGUCUUAGUUCGAAUUGGAGGUGGAACAUUGAUUGGUGAGCUAAAAGAAGUGGCUCAGAAAGUGGCUGAAAAAGCAAUAGAGCACAAGGCAAAUGAGGAAGCCAUUUCAGAGGCUCCUGAUCAUUUCCUGGACCCUAUCAUGUCCACUCUGAUGACCGAUCCCGUUAUUUUGCCCAGCUCUAGACAAACUGUCGAUAGGACUACUAUAGCCAGGCAUCUGCUGAGUGAUCAAACUGAUCCAUUCAACAGAUCACCGUUAUCCAUGGAUCAAAUCGUUCCAAAUCAAGAGCUAAGAGAAGAGAUAUCAAAAUGGGUGGAGGAGCGUAAAGCUCGAAAGUAAUUUUAUUGACAUUUCAAGCGUUAUCGAUAUAAAUGUUGUAUUAAAGCACUUAGAAAAAAUGAAAAUUUUCGAUAUUCAAUCCAUGUUCUUAUUAAAAUAAAGUGACAUCUUUGUUAAUAUAAGUCAAAUAAUAUUGCA